CCAUAACUUGUUGGUCACACUGGGCUGCUACCUGUUUGAGUUCUACGCUUCGUUUAUUUAUUAACUCUAUCUUAUUGUUUACGGUAUUUAUUUAUGGUUUAGUAAGCUUAAUUCAACUAAUUGAACGUAUUUAAAAACUCUAAAAUGGCUCGUUACUUUAAAGAACAGGACAUUGAUGAGUUCCGUGAGUGUUUUUAUCUGUUCGCCCGUUCGGGCCAAAUCAACAAUUUGGACGAACUAACCGUUAUUAUGCGUUCUUUGGGUCUUUCGCCGACGAUCCAAGAACUGGUUUCCUAUCUGAAGCAAAAGAAUGGGAAAAUGAGCUUCGCCGACUUCCUGGACAUCAUGCAUCAGCACUCCAAGGUGGAGAGUUUGCCGGACGAGGUCAUUGCCGCCUUUAAAGCGGCCGAUCCGCAGAAUAAGGGCACCAUCUCGGCCAGACAGCUGCGUAAUCUACUUCAAAACUGGGGAGAGGGCCUGUCCAUGCGCGAAGUGGACAACAUCUUCCGGGAGGCCAAUGUGAACAACAAUAGCACUGUGCGGUAUGCAGACUUUGUCAAGAUUGCAUGCGCCCCAGUUCCCGACUACUAUUAGACUGCCUUUACCAUAAAAAAACAUUCCAGUAAAGUACUCCAAUUUUCGCACAAUAAAGUUGGCCAAAUGUGUAUGG